CCGCCGCCGCUGCGCAGGGAGCAGCUGCUCCCUGACACAUCCCCCCGCUGCCAUAUUGUGUCCGCGCCGGCGGCCGCACGGCUUCAUGACCGCGGGGACACCAACCAAGGAGUGUGCUGCCUCAACAGCUCCAACCGCCACAGGUUUUCUGCUUGAGGAGCCCUCCUGUGUCCUCUGGAGAGCUUGAGAUGGAAGGCACCAGCAUUGCCACAACUCUGAGUGUCAGGACGUGCCAGUCCAACCAAUAAAGCUAAAUGGGUCCAGUCACUGGAAUGACUCCGGAUAAGAAAGCUGAAACGCCAGGAGCAGAAAAAGCUGCAGGACUACGGCAGUGUCAUGGGAUGGGAAGCUUGCCCGAUGCAGGCGAUGCCGGCAGGCCGAAGGCCACUGUGGUGGACAGAGAUUCAGCAGACGAUGAGCUCACGAAUUUGAACUGGCUGCAUGAAAGUACUAACCUCCUAACAAACUUCAGCCUCGGAAGCGAGGGUCUUCCAAUCGUUAGCCCCUUGUAUGACAUUGAGGGCGACAGUGUGCCAUCCUUCUCGCCAUCCUGCUACCAGAACCCUGAAAAAAAAUCCUCUACUUCCAAACCCCCGUACUCUUUCAGCCUUCUCAUUUACAUGGCGAUUGAGCAUUCCCCCAACAAGAGCUUGCCAGUCAAAGAAAUCUACAGCUGGAUCCUGGAGCGCUUCCCCUACUUUGCCACAGCACCCACUGGCUGGAAGAACUCAGUCCGACACAACCUCUCCUUGAACAAGUGUUUCCGAAAGGUGGAGAGAAGCCAUGGCAAGGUGAAUGGAAAAGGUUCAUUAUGGUGCGUUGACCCAGAAUAUAAACCUAAUCUUGUCCAAGCAUUGAAAAAGCAGCCUUUUCCCUCAGCACUUGCAUUUUAUACUCCACCAGCGUCACCACCAAGUAGGUCAGCGUCCCCCCACUACCUAAGUUCAGUCCUUCAGCAGAAUCAUGGCCGAUCCCUCAAAGAAUCCGAUAUUGAUGCUGCUACUGCAAUGAUGCUGUUAAAUACUUCCAUUCAACAAGGGAUGCUGGACUGUGAGAAACCUCAGCCUCUGAAGACACCCAAGAAGAGGAGUUACGGCAGUGCAUUUAAUCCUCCCAGUUCCAUAAAUUUGCAGGAAAAUGAUUCUGCGGCCACCAAUAUUGAUCCAAAGGAGGAUCACAACUACAGUGCCAGCAGCAUGGGUUCCCAGCGCUGUGCAUCUAGGUCCAGCAUGUCUUCCUUUUCCUCCCUUGACGAGGUGUAUGAAUUUAUCUCCAAGACCAGCCAUGACGGAAGUGAUGGCAGCGAAGGAUUUCACAGCGAAGUGGAUACAGACGUUGACUAUGAAGAUGAUCCUCUUGGAGACAGUGGCUAUGCAUCACAAUCUUGUGUAGAUACCUCUGAGGAAAAUCAGCCUAGCAACAAAGCACUCAAGGAGUUAUGUCAAGAAAUCGACGAGGAGUUGAAAGAAGCAGCAGGGUCUCUGCUCCACCUUGCUGGCAUCCAAACGUGCUUGAGUUCCUUAAUAAGUACUGCAAAGACCCACUGUCACAAGCAAAGGAAAAAAUAGUAUGUUUCUCAGUGUUGAAUAUAUACAUAUAUUUUUUUUAAUUGUGGCAAUACUCUUCUACUUUUACCCUUCACAAGGGAGAUCAAAGCCAUAAGAGGACUCAUUGCUUUUUUAUUUUUUGGCGCUAACUAUAAUUUAGCCAUUUAUUUUUAAAUCACUGCCUAAAAAAAAAAAUAUUUAAUCUUCUCAAAUUAGAAGAGAUGCAUGACUUGUGAAAACCUGAAAGCAUACUUCUUAAUGAUCACUUUUUAAUUCUUUUCUUUUUUAUAGUUGAUAUAUUUUUUUUUCCAGAGAGAUGUUUGUUCAGAUGCACAUUGUGGAUUAUAGUUCCAUCUCUGCUGGCCCCAUCUCCAGAGGUGAAUUUUGCCCUAACUAAGGGCUCUGACUUCCACGUAAAGGAUUACAAAGGAGGAGACAAAGAAAGGGCGGGGGGGGGAAGGGUUCUGGCCUCAGUUGCCUCUUUCCACCCAUCCUCUCUUCACUCUUCUGGGCAGGUCUCAGUGGAAACACUGGUGAAGCAGCUCUGAGUGGCUGCAGUUUUCAGCCCAUCUGACAUGGUGGCUGAAACCCUGUAGCACUCUAGGAGCUGCUUUCAGCAAGAUGCUAAGUACCUCCUGGAAGAGUGGGGGUAAAGGGUAGCUGAGGUGCGUAUCACCCACAGUUUUCUUUUCUCCUUCCCCUCAAUCUGCUGUGUGCAGGUCAGAUUCCUGAAGGAAAACGGGGUUUUUUCAUAUUAAGACAAAUUGUCUUUUUUUGUGGGUGGGUGGGGGGUGGGGUGUGGGGUCCUUUUCAUGCAGGUGCAUGUAUGCAUGCAUGCACCUUGGAUGUAGCCAACAGUGAAAACUGCCACUUGCCGAGUUUGCUGUUGUCCUCGUGUUACCACCAAUGUUAAAUAUGUAGUAGCUGUGUAGUCCUGCAAAAUCUACAUUUCUGCUCCCCUAUACCGAUUUUGGGGGAAAAAGAACCCGACAGUUGAUGGUGGGGACAACAUGGAUGAGAUGGAGGCUUUAGAUGCCUAGGUGGUGAACAGCUGCUGAAAAGGGAAUGUCUGAAAAGGGAUCUUCCUUUUAGACCAGUGAACCCCAAACUGCUUUUGGGGUUUUGCCCCUUCCCCCAGUGCUUGUUGGGCUCUCUAUCCCUUUUGUUUCCCCGAUCACUGUGCCUUGUGCUGUGUGAGUCCUGUCAGCCUCCUGCUGCAUAUGGGGCAUCUAAGGGGCGAGGCUAGGCUUUAGCCUUUGGAUGCACAUCAUAGCUCGGGAGGAACUCUGUUUUGGGAAGAAAUUCCUUCACAAUUAAUUUUUGCAAUAAAAGAAUCUCUUUACAGUUCCCAGACAUCCUUCAGCCAAAAAAUGUUUUAGUGGUAUGGUGUACUUUUUCUCCUUGUUUUUUUUUAAAUCAGUGGUGAUUGCUUAUAUCUUCUUGUAGAUGAUGGCUUUUCUAAUUAAGUUUUCUGUUCAAAAAUGGUUAGCAGUUCUGUUGGAGUGGGUUUUAACAGGACUGUAAGUAUAAGGAUGCCUUAAAUAUGUUGCAGAACCGUACACAACUAUCAAAGGUCAUUCCUCUUUUCGAAAGGUAGCACAAUGUGCCAUAAAUGUUCUCACUAACACAUGAAGCUGUUGCUUCCAGCAGGUGUUGGGCAAACUGGUUGAAAAUUAGGAGCAGAGCCACCUAGGAAACCAGUGUCCACUGUUCUGGCUGUAGAAAACAGUGCUGGAUUGAGCCAAAAGUUAACCUUUCCUCAACGGGGUAUUUUUCUGGCUAUUUGGAGGCCUUUCUUUGAUCAGUGUGGUUUUUGGGUUUUUGGGGUUUUUUUUUUUCUUAUUUGUCAGUUUCUUUGUGAAUACUGCCAUAAACUGUCUACUUUAAAUAUGAACACAGCCAUGCUGCUGAAGGUCUGUUGCUCUGAGGGCCUGUUCUAGUGCCUCUUGAAGACAACGGCGGUGCUCUGCCUGACUCAGUGGCUGUUGGAUCAAGCCUGACAUAUUUGAGGUUCUUUGUGUUCUGGAAUUUAAAGCCAACAUUGUUUUUUUUUUAAGCACAAACACUAGGGGAAAAAAAAAAGUGAUUCUUUUUUUCUUUUUCCACCUAUUUCAGUUUUAAGCAUGAUUUAUUUUAUUUCUUGAAAGGGAAGAAAAAUACUUUGCUGCAUUCCUGCUUUGUGUGAAUACCUGUUAGCCCACAUCCGUAACAGGGUAAUGUGUGCAGAUGUGUAUGUCUUCUGGAUAUCACAAGUGGUGCAUUAGCCAAUUAGAUCUGAUCUCGGAUGUGUUACUGAUGGACAGUAGGGGUAAAACUCGCUUUUUAAAGGAAAAUUAAGUACCAACGCAGUGGUUCUUAGGAUUUUGGGAUGUGGAGAUAUGAAUGCUUGGUGGAAUUGCUUUUUGCUUUUGUACCUUGGAUGGAGAACUGCAAAGGGCAGAGUUUGUAUCAAUGUGAAAACAAGGAUUCAGCUACACAGAAAUAUUGUUAGCAACCUGGGAUUUUGCUCGGUGCAAUGAUUUCAGUUGCACGCUGUUGAAGAGGAGUGCUGCCUGGCUCCUGCUCAAGGUGGUUGCAGCUUUUCUGUAGCUUCCAGUGAAAGCUGGAUCAAGGUCCAAGUGUUCUGGAAACUACGGUCAUAGUCGGCUCCAUGGUUUGCUUUGUUUCUGAAUUAUUUUUCUGCCUCAGAUAAAGUUUUGAGAAGGUUAAUACUUACUAGGAGUGUGGCUAUGCUGCUGUUAACCCUGAAGUUGUUGAUAAUGACUUCAGCAUUUCUGAAGGGAUGGGGUUGGGAUGCUAACAAUGUGUUUAAAUACCAUAUGCAAUGAGCAAUAAAACCGUACUAAUCAGAAUUUAAUGGUGAAAGCUGCAUCCGUCCUUAUGGCUUUCAGCCUGGGAGGACUGGAAUUGUGGAAGGGGGAAGUGGGGCCAUGCUCUCCAUGCUCUGCCAUCUUCCCUCUCCCCUUUGCGAAGGAGCAGGCAGCUGAUCUGUGCCCCCGACCUAUUCUUCCACAUUGUCGCAUGCCUCUGCCCGCACGUUUUGGCAGGUGAAGGCCGCCAGCUCAGUUGCAGAGCACCCUCUUGGUAGUGGGAGAAUAGCUGCCCUCCUUUUACGUAAACAUUGGGUUUGGGUUUGUUUGCCACCUCAGUUAGAGACCCUGGUGUAUAUAUUAUAAAUGGAGUAUAAUUAAAAGUUAUUUUGAUUGUUGGGUUUGGGGUUGUUUGGUUUUUUUUCUUCAGUGACUAUGUAAAAUGUUCAUGCCAAUGGUUGACUCAGAUAUAUUUUGGCAAGAGAAGUAUUAAUGAACCACAUUCAAUUCUUUAAUACAGUGAAGAAGUGUAUGAGACUUGUGUGCAAGGGAGGCUGCUCUGUUCAGGCUAAAUUUGAUGUGAGUACUGUACAAACCUGUAUUGGCCUUUCCGAUUCCAAUACUAAAUUACUGCUUUUGCAAAAGUCACAUCAAAUGUUAUAAAAUCUGACUGUAAACAAAAGUUGUAUGGUUUGCAGCUUUUCAUCAGCCUGAAAAGUAAGUACAAGCUUUGGUUAAAGCAAAGUACACUCAUACAUGAUACUAACGGUGUAGUCAAAAUAUUUAUUGAAAAGGUAAAAUAUUUUAAAUGUUGCACCUGCCAUUAUAUAUUAAAGCACAUUCUUCACACCUAACUGCCAGUGCCAUUAUCAAGUCUGUUUUAUAAAUGUACAUUUCUUCAAACUAAAAAGUGCAUAAUUAAAAGUAUUACGUUACUGCCAUAUAGCGAUAUAAAACAUUUUAUAAUUGCCAAUUCAUUGUAACUAUUAUUUAUUUAAAAGUGAAUUGUAAGAAUGCUUUCUGAUCAAAUGAACCAGAGUUGUUUUUAAACAGUUCCCGUUAGCUUGUUUCUAAUGUAGCAUAAGCAAUGUCCUUUGGUUUGUUUAGAAUAAUUUUGCCAGUAGGUGACCAAUUCUAACCCUUUUUCCUCCAGUUUAGUCCUUUACCUGUUUUAAAGACAAUUUACAGAAGUUUAGUUUUUUGUAUGCUAAUCUCUGUUAAUUAAAAUGUUUAUAAAGUUUAUUUUUACCAAAGAGAUGCAAUUCAUUAUGACAAAAUAUUGCAGAAUAAACUUUGUUUUAUAACA